GGCGUCGCCAACUCCGCCGCGCAAACCGCGCUCCUGGCCGCGCGGCCGCUGUGCGCGCCCCUCAGGCUGGACCACUUCAUCUGCGAGCUGCCGGCGCUGCUCAAGCUGGCCUGCGGCGGCAGCCGAAACGCCACCGAGAGCCAGAUGUUCGCCGCCCGCGUGGUCAUCCUGCUGGUGCCGUCCGCCGUCAUCCUGGCCUCGUACGGCGCGGUGGCCCGCGCGGUGUGGGCCAUGCGGUCCAGCGGGGGCAGGAGGAAAGCGAUGGGCACGUGUGGAUCCCACCUGACAGCCGUCUGCCUGUUCUACGGCUCGGCCAUCUACACCUACCUGCAACCCACGCACAGCUACAACCAGGGGCAGGGCAAGUUCGUGUCACUCUUCUACACCGUGGUCACACCAGCCCUCAACCCGCUCAUCUACACCCUCAGGAAUAAGGAAGUGAAGGGGGCAGCGAGGAGGUUCCUGAGGAGUCUGGGGAGAGGGCAGGUGGGACAGUGA